UCAGUCAUCAAUCGACUGAGCAGAGAGGAGCUGCGGGGCCUGCGGCUCUGAACUUUGGGACUGUUGGACACAUGUGGACCUGCGCUGCGAUGCUGCUGCAGGGAGGACUCUCUGCUGCUGUUCACGCUGCACUUUUAUUUAGUUUUUUUUCCCCGGAGCCAGCUGUGGUGCUCGCCUUCAACCUGGACACCGGUCAUGUCAUCAGGAAACACGGAGAGCCGGGGAGUCUGUUCGGAUUCUCUCUUGCCCUGCACCGACAGAUCAACCCGGAUAAAAUGAUGAUGUUGAUCGGUGCCCCCAGAGCCAGAGCUUUGGGAAAACAAACAGCCAACAUCACAGGAGGCCUUUAUAAAUGUGAGAUCACAAUGUCCAGUGGCUGUGAACGCAUCGAAUUUGACAAUGAAGAGGACACACAUAGUGAGAAUAAAGAGAAUCAGUGGAUGGGGGUGACUGUGCAGAGCCAGGGACCUGGAGGAAAGAUUGUGACAUGUGCUCACCGCUAUCAGAGGCGCUUGUUUGUGAACACCCCUCAGGAGUCUCAUGACAUCACGGGGCGCUGCUACGUCCUGAGUCAGGACCUGACCAUUGACUCGUCUUCAGAUGAGGAUGGAGGGAACUGGAACUUCUGUCAAGGCAGAGCGAGAGGCCAUGAGAUGUUUGGAUCAUGCCAGCAGGGUCUGGCUGCCACUUUCACCAAAGACUACCAUUACGUGGUGUUUGGAGCACCUGGAGCGUACAACUGGAAAGGAAUUGUUCGAGUGGAGCAAAAGAACACCACUUUGCUGGAGAUGGAAGUGUAUGAUGACGGUCCGUAUGAAGUCGGGAAUGAGCAAUCCUCAAACCCUGAGCUGGUGCCAGUACCUGCCAACAGCUACCUCGGAUUCUCCCUCGAUUCGGGACAUCGCAUCACCAAGAGUCGUGGCCUGACGGUGGUGGCUGGAGCACCAAGAGCCAAUCACAGUGGAGCUGUGGUCCUGCUGAAGAAGGAGAGUCAAACAUCCACCAGACUCUUGGUGGAGCACACGCUCCAUGGGCCGGGACUGGCAUCUUCCUUUGGCUACGACGUGGCUGUAGUUGAUUUGAAUGGUGACGGAUGGGAAGACAUAGUUGUCGGAGCCCCUCAGUUCUACAUGAAGGACAGGGACGUCGGAGGAGCUGUUUAUGUCUACAUCAACAAGGCAGGGAGGUGGGAAAGAAUCACUCCUGUCCGUCUGAACGGGACCAAACACUCGAUGUUUGGACUGGCUGUGGAGAACGCUGGAGACAUCAAUCAAGACUCAUAUGAAGAUAUUGCUGUUGGAGCUCCACAUGAUGAUGCUGGCACAGGAAAAGUCUACAUUUAUCAUGGCUCUGCACAGGGAAUCAAAACCAGUCCAGCACAGAUCCUUUCAGGAAAAGAACACAACAUUCGAUUCUUUGGAUAUUCUCUAGCGGGAAACAUGGACCUGGACGGUAACUCUUAUCCAGACCUUGCUGUAGGCUCUCUGUCAGACACAGCUUUCAUUUACAGGGCACGGCCAGUCAUAACCAUCAGGAGAAGUGUCAAAAUAUCUCCACAGGAGAUUGACCUUACGAUAAAAACCUGUGGUAACAGCAUCUGCUUCACUGUAGAAGCAUGCUUUGCCUACAAAGCAAACCCUGCAUCUUACAGCCCAAAGCUAACUAUUGGCUAUUUUGUGGAGGCGGAUGGAGUUCGCAGGAAACAAGGGCUGCCCUCCAGAGUGGUUUUCCUGAACAAAUCCCGCUCUGAAUUCGACUACCAGUUCAAUGGCACCAUAGACCUACGAGGCCAAGGCCAAGAAUCAUGCAUCAUGAUAAAAGCCAGACUUAAGGACAACAUUAAGGACAAGAUGCGCAGUAUUCCUGUUGAGGUAUCUCCAGAAAUUAUUGGUGCAAAACGACAGAAGAUAAAAAACGGCCUCCCUCAGCUGAUGCCCAUCUUAGACUCUUCUCGGCCAAGCAAAGUCAUCACUGAGGUCAACUUCAUAAAAGAAGGCUGUGGAAUAGAUCAUAUUUGUCGCAGUAACCUGAAGAUGGAGUACAGUUUAUACUACAAGCAAAAUAACAUGGAUGUUUACCUUCCAUUAAACAACAGCAAGAACAGCAUCCCCGAGUUUCUUCUGAGCUAUGAGAAUAAGAACUUGGCUCUGCGGGUGACAGUGAACAACAUGAAUGGCGACGAUGCUUAUGAGGCAAAGGUUGUGGCAAGUUUCCCGGAUACCCUGUCAUAUUCUGGUGUCCGCUCACAUCAAACAACAACGGAAAAGCCGAUCAUCUGUACGGCCAAUCAGAACGGCUCUCAGGCAGACUGUGAUCUGGGAAAUCCCUUUAAGAGAGACUCACAGGCUACCUUUUUCAUUAUCCUGAGCACUGUGGACAUGAGCCUCGACACCACUGAGUUUGAGAUCGACCUGCAGCUCCAAACGACCAGUGUGCAAGAAAAUAUUGCUCCUGUGAAAGUAAAGGCGAAAGUCAUCAUUGAAUUGCCUUUGUCAGUCACUGGGGAGGCCAGUCCUAGUCAGGUUUCCUUUGGAGGUGUCGUGAAAGGAGAAAGUGCGAUGGGGACUGAAGAAGAGAUUGGAAGUUUAAUUAACUAUACAUUCAGAAUAAACAACUUGUGGAAGUCUGUGAAGCCUUCUGCCAAAGCCUUUCUACACAUUCAGUGGCCCAGAUACAACAAAGAUGGGAAAUGGCUUCUGUACCUGGUGAAGAUCACCGCUAAAGGACCUGAGAACAUCGUUUGCUCUCCCCAUUCUGAGAUCGACUCUCUCCAACUCACCCAGAAGACUUCUCCAUCCCGGACAAAAAGAGAAAUUGUGAGAAAACAAAGAAAAACUGGCGGCAAAGUGUCACAUCUGUCAGGCAAAAAGAAAGUUCUGUCCUGUGAAAAAGAGAAGAACUGUGUGGUACUGAGGUGCCCCCUGCAGGGACUCGAUGGUACAUCAGUUGAACUGAGAUCUCGUCUGUGGAACUCCACCUUUAUUGAGGAUUACGCCUCUUUUUCCACAUUGGAUUUAGUUGUGAAGGCCUCGCUUGUGCUUGAUAUUAAAGCUAAAAACGUGAUCCUGAGAACUCCUGACACCACUGUGACGGUGACUGUUUCUCCAGACAGUCCAGUAGCUCAGUAUUUGGGAGUUCCCUGGUGGAUCAUUCUGGUGGCAGUCCUCGCAGGAGUCUUGAUUUUGGCUUUGUUAGUGUUUCUGCUCUGGAAGUGUGGAUUCUUCAAACGCUCCAAACAAGACGACAGCGUCCCUCGUUACCACGCAGUGCGGAUCAGAAAGGAAACCCCCGAGUGUAAAGAUGGAAAAGUCAAACUCGAUGCUUUUGACAAGAAGCAGUGGAUGACGACUUGGAUUAACAAUGAAAGUUACUCCUGAGCGUUUGUGACUCAGGAUGAAAUGCUUUAAUUGUGACAGGGCGCGAGCACACUGAACUUUGGUGCUCUUAUUUUGUAGAUAACCCUUUCUAGGAAUUAGCUGGGUUCAAAACCUUGAAUUUUUACACUGUAGCGACAAUGAAAUUCUUUUUGUAAGUGUUGUAUAUAUUUAAAUACUUCUGCACACUAUAUUUAUUUUUUGAUAAGAAAAAAUCGUGCAACCAAAGUUUCUUUUUUCUUUCCACUGCGAAACAACAAAGGGCAAAGUUUACUGUUUUAAAAGUUGUACUUAAAGCCUGAAGUCUAUGCAAGGAAGGUACAGCUAGUUCACUGUAAUAUGAAUGUAAAUCAGUUUUUUUGUGGGCUUUUGUGUUUAGAAUCCUUCUUUCCUCUGUGAAACAUCAGGUACAUUAUCACGUCACAAAAAAACAAACAUUUGACCACAGCUGGCUCUAAAUGUGAGAGUUGCUUCAUUCUUCCUGUUGUGGUGCUCAGGUAGCAUCCACUGUACUGUAGAUCAUCACUGAAGUCUUUUUGUUCCAUGUGAGAAACCCAAAGGGAAGAUGGCAAAAAGCAACUGAAAUGUGUCUUAUAGAGUUAACUGAACAUGCCUGUCUUAAACUGUUGAAUUGUCAAGUAUAAUAAAAAUGCUAAAGACAGA